AUGACGAAUGACCUCCGAGUAGUGGAAGGCCAGUACCCGGCCACAGAGACGCCACUGGAGACGGCAUGGACCUUGUGGUACGACAAGAAGACCAGCGACCGCAAGGAGAGCGAGCAGUACAUGCAGGGUCUGCGGCAGCUGGGCAGUUUCAAUACCAUUGAGGGCUUCUACCGGCACUACAGCUACCUCCUGCGGCCCAGCGAUCUUCCGCGGGACCACAACGUUCUGCUCUUCCGGAAGGGCUACCGACCCAUGUGGGAGGAGUUCCCAGAAGGAGGUUGCUGGAUCAUCCGCAUCAAGCGGAAGGCCUCACAGAACUUUGUGAACCGCAUGUGGGAGAACCUGUGCUUGGCCUUCAUCGGGGAGGAGUUCGAGCUGCCGGACGUGGUGGGCUGCGUGCUGUCCACCCGGCUCAAGGACGAUGUGCUCUCGGUGUGGAAUCUCACCAACCGGGACAACUCCGCCCGCUUUCGCAUCGGGGAGAAGCUGAAGGAAGUCGGGGAGCCCGGCGUUCGCGUCGGGGAUUCGUUGCCUAAGCCAAACUUUCGGAACGAACUCCACGCCGCCAUCAAAGAGUUUGUGAAGUGGAAGGGGCGGAUGGUGGACACCUGA